GAACCAUGCAUGUUCUUUCCCAGAAUCAUUCUGGAAAAUCUGUUUGAAAUGAAAGUGCCCUGGGUUGUGCAAUGGGCUUGGAGAGGGCUCUUUUGCAAACAGGUGGUGCAAUUUCGGAAAACACUGUUGCAGACAGAGUGCUCCCUUGGGGUGGGAUGGAGGCAAGAUCCAGGCAUUUGGCCAUGGGAGGCUGUGGGCCGGCAGCGGAGAGGGCGCCACAGGCCCACGGGGUGGCAGGUGAGCACGCUGUCCUGCUGACCAGGCUCCCUCUUUCUUCUCCUCAGCCACCACCGGCACGGCCAGGCCAGCAUGGUGGACCACUUGCUUCCAGUGGACGAGACAUUCUCGGCACUGAAAUGCCCGGCUGGUUAUCUGGGCAGUAGGCUGGCCGGUGGCCGAGCGUACCACAUGCUGCCCUCACCCCUCUCAGAGGACGACAGCGACGCCUCCAGCCUCUGCUCCUGCGCCAGCCCUGACUCGCAAGUCCUCUGCUCCUGCUACAGCGGUGGCCCGAGCCCCGAAGGCCAGGACAGCGUCUUGGACUUUCUGCUGUCCCAGGCCACGCUGGGUGGUGGUGGCGGCAUUGGGGCCAGCAGCGGCCCCGCGGCCUGGGGGGCCUGCUGGAGGGCUCCGGCGCCUGUGAAGGGGGAGCAUUUCUGCUUCUCUGAGUUUCCUGUGGGCGACCCCGAUGAUGUUCCGAGGCCCUUUCAGCCCACCCUGGAGGAGAUUGAAGAGUUUCUGGAGGAGAACAUGGAGCCGCGGGUCAAGGAGGCCCCAGAGAGCAACAGCAAGGACUUGGAGGCCUGUGGCCAGCUCUCGGCCGGGCCGCACAGGAGCCACCUCCAUCCUGGGCCUGGGAGAGAGCGCUGUGCUGCCCCACCAGGUGGUGCUGGGGCGGGUGGCAGCCAGGGCCCAGGUGGGGGGCCGGCACCUGACGGCCCCAUCCCUGUGCUGCUGCAGAUCCAGCCUGUGCAGGUGAAGCAGGAAUCGGGCACGGAGCCCGCCUCCCCUGGGCAGGCCCCGGAGAGUGUCAAGGUGGCCCAGUUCCUGGUCAACAUCCAGGGGCAGACCUUCGCGCUCGUGCCCCAGGUAGUGCCCUCCUCCAACUUGAACCUGCCCUCCAAGUUCGUGCGCAUCGCCCCCGUGCCCAUCGCCGCCAAGCCUAUUGGGUCGGGAGCCCUGGGGCCUGGCCCCGCUGGCCUCCUCAUGGGCCAGAAGUUCCCUAAGAACCCAGCAGCAGAACUCAUCAAAAUGCACAAAUGUACUUUCCCCGGCUGCAGCAAGAUGUACACCAAAAGCAGCCACCUCAAGGCCCACCUGCGCCGGCACACGGGCGAGAAGCCCUUCGCCUGCACCUGGCCGGGCUGCGGCUGGAGGUUCUCCCGCUCGGACGAGCUGUCGCGGCACCGGCGCUCGCACUCGGGCGUGAAGCCCUACCAGUGCCCCGUGUGCGAGAAGAAGUUCGCGCGGAGCGACCACCUCUCCAAGCACGUCAAGGUGCACCGCUUCCCCCGGGGCCGCUCGGGGCGCGCCGGGAACUGAGCGCCCCGCCCGCCCGCCCCG